AUGAAGUUUUUCUCCUCCGUCUUUGCCGUUUCUCUGCUGGUGACGAGCGCUCUCACGAUCGACGCUGGAGCCACUACUCAAGCGUCAGACAACUGUGAUACGGGUUUCUCCCAAACCGGCGAGCGUUCCAGCACGAAUGGCAAGCAUGGUGUUCCCUUGAUCAAGAGUGGGUUUAGUCACGCGGAAUCGAGCGGCACCGAUACCUCGCAGAGCAACCCCGGUCAGACCAACCCUGACCAAAACAACCCCGGUCAGUAUACGCCGGAUCAAAAUGCUACGAGCUCAGACGGAUCGCAGGAGCAAACCCCGCCGGUCCUCAAGGGCGAUUGCAUUCUCACUGGAGUUUACAUCAACAACACCGAUGUGUCGGAAUGCCGCAGCAUCCUUGUCGACUCGUUACAAGUGCCUGCAGGCGUGAUGCUGAAUUUGACCAACCUGCAUAACAAUACGAGGAUCUCAUUCCAUGGUACCACCACCUUCGGAAAAAUGCUAUGGGCUGGUCCGCUGGUUGAGCUUCAAGGAAACAAUCUUACUGUCACUGGCCCCGGUACGCUUGACGGACAAGGUGCAUGGUACUGGGCUCAAGCCCGGAACCUUACCAAACCACGCUGGCUUUUCAAGAUGUACAAGGUUGCCGACUCCACUAUAUCGGGAUUGAACGUUUUGAACAUGCCUUUCCACGCCUUCGCUGUCGAUAGCUGCAACUACACGACCAUCACCGGAGUCACUGUUAAUUCCAGUGCUGGUAACGGAGUCGCGAAGAACACAGAUGGAUUCGAUCUCGACAAAAACGACCACGUUACGAUCACCAAGAAUCGUAUUUUCGGCCAAGAUGACUGCCUUGCGAUGCAGUCGAGCACCAAUAUCGUGUUCAGUGACAACUACUGCUGCGGUACACACGGUAUCUCUAUCGGUUCUCUUGGUGGCCCUGAGCAGAAUGCGUCCACCACCGUCGACGGACUUACAGUUACGGGCAACACCAUUGUGAACAGUACCAAUGGAAUCCGCAUCAAGACCAUCAUCGGACUCAAGGGUCUCGUCACUAACGCUGUGUACACCAAUAACGAACUAUCGAACGUUACGCACGCUAUCACGAUACACUCGGAUUACAACAAGACCAAGGGAGGCUACGCUGGCACGCCGACAAGUUUGGUGAAGAUCACGAACAUCACUAUCGAUGGUCUGAAGGGCACUGCGGAGAACUUGUACGACAUUUUUGUGAAUCCGGAUGUGGUGUCGAACUGGGACUUUAAGAACCUCGAUGUGGUUGUUUCGAGCAACGGCAACUGCACUGGUGAGCCCAGCAACAUUCAGUGCUAA